GGCCCCACAGGCAGAGCGCAACAGGCUCAUAACUGCCGGAGUCCCGGGGUAAAAGAUACUUCUCUCUCCCCAUGCUUAAUCCAGCUCCGUUCCACUGAGUAUAGAAGGCGGGCAGCUCUGUCCUACUUUUAAUGCAGCUUUGGCGGCCCUCGGCAACAGUGACGAAGCUCAGCUGAAGGCCAGGGGGAACCCCCAGUUUUGGAAACCUCUGCUUAACACCCAGCGGGCAAGGAAGCUCACCCAGAACAGCGGGCAAUGGAGAAGGACGGAGGUUCUUGCAGCGCUCACGAUACUGGAGGGGGAGAGGAAGCUCCAGUGAUGGGCCUGGCAGAGCCGAAAGAAGGAGCAGAAGCCAGCCCAGAAGAGCCAAGCCAAACGGCGAAAGUGGAAGAGAGCCCAGGGGAGGCGACGGGAGUGGAAGGGAGCCACUGCCACCCUGACGAGCCCAGCCAUGCUGUGGCAGGAGGAGGGAGCCCCAGCGAAGCAAACGGAGUGGACAAGAGCCCACAAAGCGCCCCAAAGAAGCAACUGCCCCUUCAGCAAAGCCUCAGCUGCCCAGGAAUCCUGCACAGCCAAGCAGAUAUUCCUGAGGAAGCUUCAGCUGUUCACGAAGAGCAGAAAGCUCAAGAGCCGGCUACUUCUACCCACAGAGCGGACUCACCACCUGGGGAAGCCAAGGAGGACCCUGACCUGGCUCAGACCCCAGCAGGAGAGCAACCAGACCCGGCUGAUAAAGCAGAAAGGACCUUGGCAGAGCCUCUGCGUUUAAACCUUCCAGGGAGCACAACUGAUGAUGCUGGGGCCCCCUGGAUCUCUUUGGAGCAGUCCUCCUUGGAAGAAAGCGAGAAUGCAGCAACCCCUGAAGAUGUUGGGACUCCCCCCGUAGAGACGCCAACCAGCCCCUACCUCACUCCGGACUUUGGCAAAGAGGACCCAUCCCUGAUCUUGGAUGACACUCCUCCACCACCUGCACCCUUCACUCACCGCAUUGUCCAGCUGAGGACAGCAGACGUCAAAGAUACAUACAGCAUCAAUACCAAGGAGCUGCUGGGAGGGGGGAAGUUUGGAGAAGUCCGCACUUGUGCGGUGAAGGAGACAGGUCUCAAGCUUGCUGUAAAGAUUAUCAGGAAGCAGGGACCCAAAGACAGGGAGACGGCCGAGGAGGAGAUUGACGUGAUGAACCAGCUGAAUCACAGGCACCUGAUCCAGCUGUACGAUGCCGUUGAGACCCCGAGGGAGAUCAUGCUCUUCAUGGAGUUUAUCGAAGGUGGGGAGCUCUUUGAGCGGAUCAUCGACGAGGACUACCAGCUGACCGAGGUAGACUGCAUGGUGUUUGUGCGGCAGAUCUGUGACGGGAUCCUCUUCAUGCACCACAUGAGGGUGCUACACCUGGACCUCAAGCCCGAGAACAUCCUGUGUGUCACUGCUACCGGCCACAUGGUGAAGAUCAUUGAUUUUGGACUUGCCCGAAGAUACAAUCCCAGAGAGAAGCUGAAAGUGAACUUUGGCACCCCGGAGUUCCUGUCGCCGGAGGUGGUCACCUACGAUCAAGUCUCCUACUCCACGGACAUGUGGAGCAUGGGAGUCAUCACCUACAUGCUGCUAAGCGGACUCUCCCCUUUCUUGGGGGACAACGAUACAGAAACCCUCAACAAUGUCCUGGCAGCCAACUGGUAUUUCGACGAGGAAGCUUUUGAAGGCAUCUCUGACGAAGCCAAGGACUUUGUCUCCAACUUGAUUAUCAAGCAGAAAAGUGGACGUAUGAGUGCAGCUCAGUGCCUCCAACACCCCUGGCUCAACAACUUGGCGGAGAAGGCCAAACGUGUCAACCGGCGCCUCAAGUCCCAAGUCUUGCUCCGGAGAUACGUGAUGCGGAGGCGCUGGAAGAAAAACUUCAUCGGCGUUUGUGCUGCUAACCGAUUCAAGAAGAUCACCAGCUCAGGAUCCCUGACUGCACUGGGAGUCUGAGUGACGGGGAUGGAACUGGGCGGAACGUGAACACCAAGUGGGGAGGAAGAACUCUGAUGGGGAGCUUGUGCUGGAUUGUGUUUGUGCUGCCCCACAUCCCAGGGACAGCGUGGGCAAGAGGAACAGGACCCGCCACGAAAGUUGCUGCUUCCCAGAGAAAUGCCAGUGGAGGCUGGCUUGGAACUUUCCCGCAGGCAGGCUCCAUCCGUGUGUAUGAUGCUUGCUCUCUCUCUGGUAGCAGCCCCCUCAAAAGCCCUGUGUAGUUUCCACUGGGAGAUUCUCUCUCUCUCCUCCUCCCUCCCAUAUCUGCUGACUUGGGCUGUAUCCUCCUUUUUGGUGGAUAUUCCGCUGCCCUGUGUCUCUCUCAUUUGGACUCAGCGCAAGCCCACUUUGGUGGACGCCAUGCUGUCCUCACACUGCCGCUGUGUACCUCACCACAUGCACACCUUGCCGGUGUGCCUGCUGCUUCGGAGGGGCCUUCCCAAACCGCCACAGACGUCUGGAUCCUAUCUUGCUCACGCUGUGGGCUUUGCCACUGAUUCCACAGAGCGGGUUGCUCUCACACCCAUGACUUUGCUGAACUGCAGUUUCUCCGCUUGUGGCCAUCCUGUCCCGUCAGUCGGGUGCCAGCUGGGAUCCGUUCUGUGACCCCUGGCCACUGGAUUCCCCCUCCAGUGAUGUGAAAUCCCCACGGCGCUGUGGAGCGCACCACUCCAGUCCCUGAGCCGUGUGCCUUCUGGAUGGUUCAUUCCCCUCCCACUCCGAUCGAGAAGAUGACUGCCCAUAUUUUAACAGACGGGGAAUCCUGCACCUUUUUCUCUCUCCGAUUCGACUUUGAUUUGAAAUGGGCCCUUGUUGAACUGGCUUGUUAAGCAUCAGCCCACUGGCCAAACCUGCCACUCUCGACCUUGGCCAGCACUCCCCACACCUCUCACUUGACCCUCCUCCCCUGCCCAAGACCUGUCUGUUCUGUGCUUUCCACGUCUACAGGUGUGCCUCAGAACCCCGCUAAGAAUGUCCCAUCUAGCUUCACCUUGCCCCAGUGAGAGCUACCUGCCAAUCCUUUGCUGUCAGGUGUUGCACCCCCUGCACGCUCUUGGAGUUCUGUCAUGCUCCUGUAGUGUAUGGAAAGGCCCAUGCCCACAGGCGUCCCCAUACCCCCUCCAAAUCCCCCCCAAAGAUUUGAAACCCUGGGCCUCUGCACCUUGCCAGAUUGGCCUGCUGUGGGAAGCCGAUAUUUGGUCAGGAAGCCGCCUCUUCCUGUAUUGGCCAAGCUGCACGCGGGAGUUCCUCUAGGCUCUGGGCGGGCAGGAAGUGAACACCCAGCAUUCCAGGAGCAUCCCCAGAUGGGCAGCUGGUGCGGAAAGAAGACAGCAUUGUGCAAGCCUCUUUGUGCUAACCUCUUUGCCCUUCUGAGCUGCCGAAGGGUCUGGAAGGGGGAAGGGAGAGGUGGGGGUGGCAGCAAGGCUGACACGGCCCUCCCGGAGCAAGAGGGAAAGGAGCUGGCCUAAUGCAGACCAUCUGUGCUUGCCUCGCCUCCUCUUCGCCCAGCUGAAAGGGCUGCUUCAGAGCGGGCCACCAACAGACAGGAACUGCUCUGUGUGUGUGUGUGUGUGUGUGUGUGCAGGAGAUUUCCUCUGUGAGCCCUGGGUCAGCCCCCUAUAGAGCCCAAGAAACUGGCCUCAAACUGAGCUGCAGGCAAAGGCUGAGCUCAUUGCAUAAAACCUCUUUUAUUUACUCCCCACCCCACCCUGUUAGGUUAAUGACCCAGAAUAAUCCAGUGUCUCAUAACGGGUAGAACAUAGCUCCAUGGAAGUGUGUAGGUGUGAGCGAGGAUUAAUCACGGUUUAUUAUGACUUUUAAUUCCUGCAGCACAUGGUAUGUAAAGUGCUUUAGAAUUCCUCCUCCUGUAAAUCUUUCCUAUGAACCCAUUUUCCUGAUGAGCAACUGAGGCCAAGACCAGACCUGCUACAAAGGAUGUGUGGAGUGUCACCAAAAGGAACUCCUCUGUGCUUUUCCUGCUCCUGAUAACAUGUAUAGCCUCCCACAACCUGGUGUAGAAUCAUAGAGUUGUAGAGUUGGAAGGGGCCUGGUGUAGUGGUUAAGGUGUUGGACUACGACCUGGGAGACCAGGGUCCGAAUCCCCACGCAGCCAUGAAGCUCACUGGGUGGCCUUGGGCCAGUCACUGCCUCUCAGCCUCAGAGGGAGGCGACGGUAAACCCCCUCUGAAUGCCGCUUACCUUGAAAACUCUAUUCGUAGGGUCGCCAUAAGUCGGAAUCGACUUGAAGGCAGUCCAUUUCCAUUUCAUAAGGCCACUGAGUUCAACCCCCUGCUCAGUGCAAGAAUCCAACCAUACCAGGUGACUGUCCAGCUGCCUCUUGAAGGCUUCCAGGGUUGGAAAACCCACCACCUCCCUAGGUGCCCUCCAGAAGUUUCAGACUACAACUCCCAUCAACCUCAGCCAGCACAUCCAGUGGUCAGGGGUGAUGGGAGAGGUGCCAUAGCUCAGGGGUAGCGCGCCUACCUUGCAUGCACAAGGUCCCAAGUUCAAGGGGUGGGAGAGACCCCUGCCUGAAACCCUGACAGUCAGUGUAGAAGAGUGGCAGCCGGUGGCUGUGCACCUUGACAGCUCCUUGAAAGUUCAGACUAAAACCUGGGGUGGAUUCCACUGCCCCACUGGAGCCACCAGCCACCCCUGGUUGCAGACAAUAUCUGAGAUGAACCAAUGAUCUGAUUCGGUAUAGAGCUGCUUCCUACAGUCCUGUGAGAUAGAACCCAACACCAUCUGGAGGGUGGCCAGUUAGAGAAGGCUGAUGUAGAAAAAUGAAGCCUGGAAUUUGGCGUGUUUCCCCAUCUGUCCUCUCCAGCAAGUAGCCGCCAGCGAUGUGGCCAGGGAUACUCGGAGCAUGAUGCAAUCACAGUUGCACACACUGUGUUCUUUCCACGGCACUCAGAGGGAGAGGCGGCCCUGGCGAUCCACUCAUUGCCUCAUUUCUGCCUCUGCACCAGGGGAGGGUGGGCCACCCAAGGCGCAUACGGCCGAUCGGGGAGUUGAAUUCUCCUGGGAUCAGGUGCAACACCCUCUCCAGCAGAAAGCAAGUGAUUCUGACCCUCUCUUCUGUGCGGAUGCUCCAAGGUCAUUUUAAGCACAAGUAUGUACCUUAGUGGGAAAGGUGUGUUUUUCUUUGAAUGCUGCCCAUUUUAACUUUCGUCAGGGUGUGUGUCUUUCCCUACAUUUGAGGAAUGGUGGGCUCUGCACCUAUUAAUUUAUGAAGCUUUUUUCCAGUUCUUGUAAGCAUUGCUCUUCAGCUUGGUUCCCCCUGCCUUUCCCCAUCAAGAAGCAACAACACCUGCUCUGACCUCUGUCUGCGGUGAUUGGAUGAGCGAUCACUUAAUGUGUCCCCCUUCCCCGUCGCCUGAAUGUAAAGUGGCUGAAUGUAAAUAAAUGUACAGGUUCAAGG